AUGGCAGCUUUAGCACCCGGAAUCCUCCAGAAGCUAAUCGACGGGAUGAAAACCGGAGUUAAACCGACCGGCGAACACAGAAGCUCUCUAUUACAGGUCACCGAUAUCGUCCCCAUCGAUCUUGACGAGAAGAAUCUUUUGCCCAAACAAGGCUUCUUCAUCAAAGUCUCGGAUUCCUCUCACUCGAUCUACGUCAGCCUUCCUUCGGAUCAAGACGACGACGUUCUCAGCAACAAGAUGCAGCUUGGUCAGUUCAUCUACGUCGAUCGGCUCGACCCAGGGACCCCUGUUCCGAUCGUCAAAGGCGCUAGGCCGAUUCCGGGACGACAUCCUCUGCUCGGAACUCCUGAGCCAUUGAUGAGCACACGAGGGAAGACAGAGAAGGAGCCCGGUUCGAGGCCGAGAAGAGGCUCUUGGGGUCAAAACGGUGACUUUCCGUCUCCUUUCGUGUUAAAGCCUGCGCCUUUGGAUUUUGAUCAGUGCACGCCGGCGAAGCAUCGGCUCGGCGAAAGGAGGUUCGCGGCGGCGGCGUCUCCGGUGGUGAUGACGAGAGGGAGGUCACCAGGUGGUGUUAGGUGUUCUUACGGAGGAGGGCUAUUGGGGAAAAUGGCGGAUCUCAAAGGAGAGAGCCCUGCGGCGAUGAUGAGGAAGAGCUGUGUUGUUCCGCCGAGCUCGAAGUUUCCGAGAAGCAGAAGUGUUUGCGAUAGAGAGACGGCGAAGAUCUCUGUUUCUUCUGCUCUUCUUAGUCCGUUUAAAUCCUCUGCAAAGAAAAGCAACUCGCCGCCUCCGAGUUCACGCACGAGAAGAGCAACCGCUUUGGUGGAAGAGGAAAGAGAUGCUCCAAAGUCUACCUCGAAGUUGGCUUCUCCAAAGUACGAACCUAAGCAUGUUAAGCUGGAAAAACCAGAGAAGAGUUCGAGUCUACCAGGAAGACUCAGCUCACUGAGCAAGGAAGCUAUGCAGCAACGAGAGACGGCGCAGAAGAUAGCUCUUCAGGCUUUGCGAGAAGCUACAGCCACAGAAACAGUCGUUCGUCAUCUCAAGACAUUCGCCAAUCUAAGCAAAUCAGCUAAAGCUGAUUGUCCUGCUGCGUGCUUUGAGAAGUUCUUGGAGUUUCACAGCCAGAUAUCUGAAACCAUGAGCGAAAUCUCGUCCAUUGAAGCAGCAGUUUCAUCAGCUAACGAGAACAAAUCCGAGGAUGGAUCGUCUUCGAUACUUCACGAAAUCCAGCCCAACUCUAUUGAUCAGGAGAGAACCGCAACAAAGAGAAGAACCACUUCCCUGAAGCAGCAGCAAAACCAUAAGCAACUGAGAUCAAACGAUGAGAACAAGAACCCAUCAGCAGCUCCUCCUCCUUCCGGGUUAGGAAACACGGUGAGGCUGUCGAAAGAGAUUGAGAAGGAAGCUGCGAAUUGGUUCAUGGAGUUCAUAGAAAAGGCUUUGGAGAAAGGGAUGAAGAAGUGUAAAGGCACAGGUGAUGCGGAUGUUAAGAAGGUUCCACAGUCUCUGAUUCUCCAAGUUGUUAACUGGGUUGAAGCAGAACACUCUGCUGAUAACACGAGACGACCGGUCCAUCCAAAAGCGUCACAUAUCACUAGAAAGCUCAGAAUCAAACUGAAGAAUCCUUGA